UUUACGUACCAUCACAAUUUCCAGAUUUUAUUCAAGAAAAUUAAAUUAGCUUAAGAAGGAUGAAAGGCUUUUGGAACUCAAAGAGUACCAUUCGUAUUACUCUUUCUUUUAUUUUCUUAUUCAUCUCUCAAUUUUCGGACGUGCUUGCGGCUCCUACGAGGCACUUGUGUCGUCCCGAACAAAAGGAUGCACUUCUCAAGUUCAAAACCGAGUUUGAGAUUGGGAAGCCUUGUCGUUAUUGCACGGUGUAUUGCAUUGAACCUCAUCCGAAGACGGAGUCAUGGGGGAAUAACAACAGCGACUGUUGUAAUUGGGAGGGAGUCACGUGCAAUGCCAAGUCCGGGGAAGUGAUCGAGCUAGACCUAAGCUGCAGCUACCUCCAUGGCCGGUUUCAUUCCAACAGCAGUAUUCGAAACCUUCAUUUCCUAACUACUCUAGACCUUUCAUUUAAUGAUUUUAAAGGUCAAAUCAUGUCUUCAAUUGAAAACCUUUCUCAUCUCACCUAUCUCGACCUUUCUUUUAAUCAUUUUUCGGGUCAAGUUCCAUCUUCAAUUGGAAACCUGUCUCAUCUCACCUUCCUCGACCUUUAUUGUAAUCAAUUUUCGGGUCAGGUUCCAUCAUCAAUUGGUAAUCUUUCUCAUCUCACGACUCUAGAACUUUCUUUUAAUCGGUUUUUUGGUCAGUUUCCGUCUUCUAUUGGAGGUCUUUCUCAUCUCACGACUCUCAACCUUUUCGUUAACAAUUUUUUGGGUCAGAUUCCAUCUUCAAUUGGAAAUCUUUCUAAUCUCACCUCUCUCUACCUUUGUAAGAACAAUUUUUCGGGUCAGAUUCCAUCUUUCAUUGGAAACCUUUCUCAACUUACCCGUCUCGACCUCUCUAGUAACAAUUUCUUUGGUGAAAUCCCUGGCUGGUUAUGGACGCUACCAAACUUGUUCUACGUGAAUCUCUCUUACAACACUUUCAUCGGUUUCCAAAGACCAAAUAAACCUGAACCAUCUAUGGGACACUUGCUUGGCUCCAACAAUAACUUCACCGGCAAGAUUCCUUCUUUCAUAUGUGAGUUGCGUUCUCUAGAAACUCUCGAUUUAUCAGACAACAACUUUAGUGGUUUAAUCCCUCGUUGUAUGGGAAAUCUCAAGAGUAAUCUUUCACAUCUAAACCUUCGUCAAAAUAAUCUUAGCGGAGGUCUUCCAAAGCACAUAUUUGAAAUACUGAGGUCUCUAGAUGUCGGCCAUAACCAGCUAGUGGGAAAGCUUCCAAGAUCUUUGAGAUUUUUCUCUACUCUUGAAGUUUUGAACGUGGAAAGCAACAGAAUCAAUGACACGUUUCCGUUCUGGUUGACUUCUCUACCAAAGCUACAAGUUCUAGUCCUUCGCUCCAAUGCAUUCCAUGGACCAAUACAUGAAGCCUCGUUCCUUAAGUUACGAAUCAUCGACAUAUCGCAUAAUCAUUUCAAUGGAACUUUGCCAUCAGAUUAUUUUGUGAAGUGGAGUGCUAUGUCAUCACUUGGGACAGACGAAGAUCGGUCGAAUGCAAACUACAUGGGAUCAGUUUAUUACCAAGAUUCAAUGGUUUUGAUGAAUAAAGGUGUAGAGUCGGAGCUGAUACGUAUCCUCACAAUCUACACAGCACUCGACUUUUCGGGAAACAAAUUUGAAGGAGAGAUUCCAAAGUCCAUCGGUCUAUUGAAAGAGCUUCUCGUGCUCAACUUGUCAAACAAUGCUUUCACCGGCCACAUCCCUUCAUCAAUGGGGAAGCUGACAGCUCUCGAGUCGUUGGAUGUUUCCCAGAACAAGCUUUAUGGAGAAAUCCCACAAGAGAUAGGGAACCUCUCGUUCCUUUCGUGUAUGAACUUCUCUCAUAACCAGCUUGCAGGUCUAGUACCAGGUGGCCAGCAGUUUCUAACGCAGCCUUGCUCUUCCUUUGAAGAUAACCUGGGACUUUUUGGCUCUACUCUUGAAGAAGAUUGCAGAGAUAUUCACACGCCAGCUUCACAUCAACAAUAUAAAACGCCGGAAACAGAGGAAGAAGAUGAAGAGGUGAUUAGUUGGAUAGCAGCUGCAAUAGGAUUCAUACCUGGUAUUGUCUUGGGUUUAACAAUUGGAUACAUAUUGGUUUUCUACAAACCAGAGUGGUUCAUAAAAACUUUUGGCCGAAACAAUUGUAGACGUAGAAGCACCACAACAACUCACUAGAGAGGCACAAUCCUUUGGUGCUCUGAGGGUAGCUCAAGCUCCUCCAUCUUGAGGGGGCGUGUAAGAAAUAUGACAAGAUUCUCAUUAAAAGCAUAAUAUUUGAUUACUCUGCUUUAGGCAUGUUCUGUAUUUAGCUAAACCUAGAGUCUCCCUCGUUCAUCUUGUAUAAAUAACUCAUUGUAUUAUAUUGAUUCAACAUAAGAAAUAUACACCAUUCACAAUA